AUGCCGAAAUUGACUAGGCUCCGGGAUAUCGACUCAUUCAUCGGGCGGGGACACCGGUGCUCGGCGGCUCGCGUGGACGAUUACGAAGGCGUCUCUUGGCUGGGGCGACUGGAGUGGCCCGAGUGGCCGGUGCAGGAGCAAAGCUUCGAGAACCGGGAGGAGGACCUCUCCGUUGCCUCGUGCGUCGAGUCCCUCUGGAGCCGACGGGGCUUCCGAGGCCGCGGCGGAGCAGGGUCCCUGCCACCAGAGGCAGGCCCCACGAGGCGUGCUGGCCUCCAGGACUGGUAUUCGCUGCGAAAAGACGACUGUGUACGCGACGCGGUCAUGGCCAAGCUUGGCCUCCAGGUCACCUGCCUGGAUGGCGUGUCACCGAUGUCGAAGUCCUACCCUGGCCAGAAGGCGGUGUUCAGCGCUUACCGUAGCCUGAGCCUGUGCAAAAGCGGUGGUGACGGCACCGUCGCCGCUGCUGCAGCCGCGAGGUGGUCCCCGACCAGUCGUGGCGAUAUCUGCGACGAGAACGACGUCGAAACAAAGCCCGGUGCCGGUGACCACGGCCACUCUCCCGACCAAAACGACAAGUACCGUGAUCGUAACGGAGGAGUCAAGGACGAACAGAACGAAAGAAAGGUAUUGCCUCAGAGAAUGUACGAGCGACACUCGGCCAGCGUUGGGCGCACCAACUUUGAGACCUUCCACGCGACAGCAUCUCGGUUAGUUUCUAUGCGUUCCAUCUGCAGUCAUUUGGAGGGACUGCUCGAGGAAUAUGAAGCUCGAGGAAAAGAAGGGACGCUCAACGAAAGCGGCGAUGACGGAGGGUCUCUAGGUGGCUUGGCCAACACCAGUGGUAGCUUCGACGCUUCGACAUUGAGCGGUGACAUCAAACUUGACCACAUAGAGGACAUUGGCAGCCGGCUUCACUCCACGCCUGCUCGAACUAACGGAGGCUGUGGUGUUGAAGAAGAUAGGCGGCUACAGCUCGGCUUGGGUGACUUUGACCACUUGGGCGGCACCGCAACUUGCAGCCUUGCCAGAGGCGAAACAUUGCUGCACGUGAAAGUAACCGGCUCCGGUGACUGUGAGCAAGACAGCGGAGGAAGUAGCAGGCUUCCCGCAACUUCGUCACCGAUACCUACGGAAGCGGACACAGACGAUGUUUGCCUUGGGAGCUUUGGUGAAGGAGGCGUCAAUGGAAACAAAGUGGCUGUCCUGAAUGACGAGUGCAGUGCGGAGUUAUGUGAUACGAAGACACUGACGGACGAGUCUUUCUCUUCAGACAUGACCGUGAGGCGCCUGAGUUUUGGCGAUCCUAUCGAUGAUGCCGAGUCAGAGUUUGCAUCUCAGCAGGGCAGUGAAAUUGCAGGAGAGUUUAUUGAUGCCGGGUUCGACACAGGCUACUUGGAGGGGGCUGCCGUUGAUGCGGACUUUUUCUCAUACGUAGAUCUGGACUCGGACUUAGUGUCAACGUCCACUGCGAUUCAAGACAAGCGGGCUACGAGACCGUGCCCGCAACGAAGUUCUGAGUGGUGUGACUUUGACGUGUUCCGGGAACAGCAAAGAGACGAGUACUUCGGCGUGUUCGAAGCGCGUCCACUUCGCAAGCGUGCGGAGUGCAUGUCAACAUCGAAGUCGUGCGAAAUUAUCCAAUCUUCGAACAGUCGAAUCAUCACAUUUAACAACCGUCCUACGUCUGCUUAUGGACCUUCAAAACUCGCUGCAACCUUAGAUAAUAAGGAGCAGAGGCAGUUUAGUUCCAGUCCGACGAACAGCAUAGAUGGACAGGUAUCUGUUUCAUCCUACAGUUCAUUUCUGACCGUGGACUCGUACGAAGAAGACGCAGACUUUCCGAACACCAAACUCGUCGGUUGUAGUACGAACAAUGAGUCUGAGCAAGACUUGAGCUCUUCAAAAGCAUCAAGUCCUACUAUCGUACACAGCCCUUUACGUCCUGAAUCACAAAGCUUUCAAAGCUACGAAGAGGCAGUUAGUCCUGGUCCUGUCGGAUGUGCGACAAGCAAUCAGCUCUCAUCUACCAUUAACCUCGCAGAAAUAUGCUGUUGCUUUGCAGCCGACGGCCAGCUAAUCCCGGAGCCGCAAAGCUUCCAGAGCUUCGAAAGUACAGAAGGUUCCAGCUGCCACGCUGAACCAGACGCCGAAGGUGUCUGCGGCAUUGAUGGACAAGAUGAGCGACGUUCGAGUGCAGACGACGAACCAAUGGUUCAAGAGCCAGGUUGUGCGAGUUCGACAACAACGCUUUCUUUUCACGUUCUUGAUGAGGCGGACGAAAGAAAUUCAAAUAACGACAGCAGUUGCGGCAGCAGCAGAAGCAGCAGUAACAAAAGCAGCAGCAGUGACCGUACUAGCAGAAGCGGUAGCGACAGCUGCAGCCGCGAAAGUCCUGCUGACUCCGAUGAAGAGGAUACUCCGACAGUCGCAACAUCGCAUACAGCACAGCAAUCGACAUCACCGGUGCAGUCGAAUGCGGAGUAUGAGUCCAUCAGCAACAGCGGCACAUCAUCACCAUUCCCGCUACAGGACUACCGCAGCUGCCGUGACUUUCUGCGCAGGCUGACGGAUGCGAAUCCAGAGUUGACCUACUCUCUUAGCACAUCCCUUGCUUCUGACAACUGCGGCGUGGCCGAGGAUGCUUCUGUCGAAGACGUCUGUAGUCAGAUUUUCAGCAGUUAUAACGAAAGCUUUACGCACUUUGAGGCACUACAGAGCUUCCCGGCGCUUCCACGGUCCAACGCCACAGAGAUGCUUAAGUGUCCAGAGCUUCGGCCCCUACGCUUGGGGAGGAGCACAAAUGACGUUUUUGAGCCUGUGUUAAGUAGAGACAAGAACAAGCGCUUGAAGAGGUCGGCAGUGCCUGCUGCUGCUGCUUCAGACACUAAGGCAACGAUCAGCAAGACUUCUGACACGUGGUGUCAAAUGCCGUCGGCAUCUUCUGUAUCCAUGCCCGACUUGAAACAUUCGCAGAAGGGCACGUGGCCACCGGAUCUUCAAGAGCUAAGUGGCGUCGGAGCAACCUCAGACGCAGAUCUCACUUCAGGGAGAACCCACUCAACCUCUGCAAGGAAAGUGGUCGGGCUUGCAGUGUAA